GGCGAAUUGGGCCCAGUUGUCAGGAAGCUGGGAGGUCGUAGCAUGUUCCUCCCCCUCAUCCUCUUGUUCCCACAUCCGCACUACUGAAACACUUUUGCGCCGCACCUUUCAAAAGGCUCUAUUUGAAGUUACACGGAUUUUCAAGGAUGAUUUUACGAUUCUGAUGAAAAAUUAACAAGAUUUCUACAUUAUUAACAGGAAAGAUACUCUUGAGAACUCUUCUAAUAAUUUCUGUGGCCUUUGAAAUUAGACGUGGUGAGAAGGCAAAGCGUUUCUGAAUACGGGCCAACCCCACUCGAAGCUAUUACGUUGAUACCCUUAAAUACAUCAGAGCGUGGAGUAACCGCACGCCUCUUGACCCCUCCUGAGAAAUGAAAAGCAACAGCCACAGAGAGAAAGGUGAAGCGAUAUUUUAAGAUAAAGACAGACUUAGUAGUAAGUUUCCAGUGGUGAAUACAGUGAGCGUGACGGGAAGUGGCGACGGUGGGAGAGGAGAGGAGGUCCUAAGCAGUCACCUUUGAGAAGAAAAGAAAACGUAACAACAAAUCAAAAAUGCAGUCGACGAACACAUCAACAUGGAGGGGCGUGUUCCUGCUGGUGGCGGUGGUGGUUGAGGGUCUUGGGGUGCAAAUGGUCGCCUCUUACUCAUCGUGUGUCAGACCUAUGGCGGGCCCGGACUGUGCAGAUUCGAAUCUUGCCAGAACCUCCGACGUCAAUGACAAGAUAGCCGGAGGUCACGUAGCUGAACCAGGGUCGACGCCAUGGCUGGUUUCACUGAUGGACACCCAUUAUGUGGACCCAGUGCCAUUCUGCGGUGGCACUCUCAUCUCCCACCGAUGGGUUAUCACAUCAGCCUCCUGCGUCACUAGUUACCAGGGCAACCAUGACAAUAUUAAGGUCGUGUUGGGCGAGUACGACUUGACGGUGGAUGAGGGAUGGGAGAGGACCCGCUGCGUUAACUACAUCGUCCUCCAUCCAGAAUACGACUACUACACACACCAUGCUGACGUCGCCCUAAUCAGACUAGGCUUCUACAUCUUCUACAGCCAGCGCAUAGGAACCUUGAAACUCCCUCCGUGGUGGCACACAAAGACAAAUGAGGCGCAGGAGGACAGUACCAGUGGGGAUCUGUACACCAUUGCCGGCUGGGGGAGAGUUGGUGAGAGCGGAGAGUACUCCCCUGUGAUCCGUGUCGCCCAGGUUCCUUUACUCUCCCGCGAGGAUUGCAUGGAAGUUUACCCUGAGUUUACAAACACCAUGAUCUGCGCGGGGAACCUAACAUACGGCGGCCUAGACUCUUGCCAGGGCGACUUGGGCGGGGCGCUGGCCAGUGACGGGUACAUCAGAGGUGUGUCUUCCUGGAGUGUGGGGUGCGGGAGACCAGGCUACCCCGGCGUAUACACAGACGUGACCCGAGUGAUGGACUGGAUCUGCACCAUCACUAACCUGCUGGCCAGCUCGUCACUUGACCGACUACAGCCGUGUCAGCAUCUAGAAGGGGCGAGGGAGGGGGCGAAGGAAGAGCCAAGUAAUGAAGUCGGCCUUGGGAAGUAACGCAAACUCAAAUGGUACAAAGGAACAUCCAAGGAAGAUAAAUGGAUAGUGGGGAUGUAAAGUGUAGAAUAAGGAAAAGUUAUGUGGUAGGAAAGCAAAACGACGUGUGUUGUAGGGUAAAAUUCUCGUUAUAUUGUUAUUGGAAUCUUGAAAAUACCCUUGAAGACCUCGAGUAAUGCCCAGUAAAGUGAUGAAAGUUACUGAAAUGAGACGUUUAAGAAUACGAGGAACUUAAUUCAGACACGAGGGAAGAGGAAGUUACGAGUACAGUACAAUAGGUAUGCCCAUGAUGGUGUGGACUGUGGAGGGCUGUCGAGAAACAAUGUCAACUAUUUGAUGGAAGCUAAUAAACAGUACAAGUUAUAAUUUACAUAGGCACAUAGUAUACGUAUGUAGGUUUUAAGUAAAGUAUGAGUGAAGGGAUGGGUUUUUAUGAGACGCUGUUGCUGAAGAGAGAAAGAUUAUGAUGAUUUACUUAAAUAUUAGACAAGAACCAUGAAAAUAUAACUAACAAAGAAGUUGUCUAUUCA